GUCCUCCCCUGUUCGCCUUUCCGCCCGCGGCGCGGAGGGGCAGGGCCGCAGUCACCCGACGGCAGGGGACUAAGGGCCCACGGGCGCGCAGGGGUGUGGCCGCCACCACCUGAAAACUGGGCCGCGAGCCUGGCCCCCGGCACCGCCGCCGCAAGCGCCGCCGCCAGCGCCGCCGCCGCCGCCCCCGUGCGGCCCGCCAGAUUAUUUUAGGAAGAAAACCAACUGGAAAAAUCAAUGAAGUUCCUUCUUCUCACAUUUGUUGGUGUUGUUCACCUUUUAUUCCUGAGCUCUGGGAAAACGAUAUAUAAGAAUGACAUCUCUCAGAGGUCUUUUCAAGAAAUUAAAGAAGAAAUAGCCAGCUAUGGAGAUGUUGCUAAAGCAAUCAUCAACCUUGCUGUUUAUGGUAAAGCCCAGAACAGAUCCUAUGAGCGACUGGCACUUCUGGUUGAUACCGUUGGACCCAGACCAAGUGGCUCCAAGAGCUUAGAAAAAGCCAUCCAAAUCAUGCACCAGAACCUGCAGGAAGAUGGGCUGGAGAAUGUCCACUUGGAGCCGGUCAAAAUACCCCACUGGGAGAGGGGGGAAGAAUCUGCUGUGAUGCUGGAGCCAAGGAUUCACAAGAUGGCUAUUUUGGGUCUUGGAAGCAGCAUUGGGACUCCCCCAGAAGGCAUUACAGCAGAAGUUCUCGUGGUGACCUCAUUCGAGGAACUGCAGAGAAGGGCCCCAGAAGCAAGAGGGAAGAUUGUUGUGUAUAAUCAACCUUAUGUCAACUACUCGAAGACAGUGCAGUACCGAGUCCAGGGGUCAGUGGAAGCUGCCAAAGUGGGGGCUGUGGCAUCCCUGAUUCGAUCAGUGGCUUCCUUCUCCAUCUACAGUCCUCACACAGGUAUUCAGGAAUACCAAGAUGGUGUGCCAAAAAUCCCAACAGCCUGUAUUACAGUGGAAGAUGCAGAAAUGAUGUCAAGAAUGGCUUCUCGUGGGAACAGAAUUGUUAUUCAGCUGAAGAUGGGGGCAAAGAACUAUCCAGAUGCUGAUUCCUUCAACACUGUAGCAGAGAUCAUUGGCAGCAAGUACCCAGAGCAGGUCGUACUGGUCAGUGGACAUCUGGACAGCUGGGAUGUGGGGCAGGGUGCCAUGGAUGAUGGCGGUGGAGCCUUUAUAUCAUGGGAAGCACUCUCGCUUAUUAAAGAUCUUGGGUUGCGACCAAAGAGGACUCUGCGUUUGGUGCUCUGGACUGCAGAGGAACAAGGUGGAAUCGGUGCCUUCCAGUAUUAUCAGUUACACAAGGCAAAUAUUUCCAACUACAGCCUGGUGAUGGAGUCUGAUCUGGGAACCUUCUUACCCUCUGGGCUGCAAUUCACUGGCAGCGAAAAGGCCAGGACCAUCGUGGAGGAGGUCAUGAGCCUGCUGCAGCCUGUCAACAUCACACAGGUCUUUAGGGCUGGAGAAGGGACAGACAUUAACUUCUGGAUCCAAGCUGGAGUGCCUGGAGCCAGUCUACUUGAUGACCUAUAUAAAUAUUUCUCCUUCCAUCACUCCCGUGGAGACACCAUGACUAUCAUGGAUCCAAAGCAGAUGAAUGUUGCUGCCGCUGUUUGGGCUGUUGUCUCUUACGUCAUUGCAGACAUGGAGGAAAUGCUGCCCAGGUCUUAGCAAGAGCAAGAAAGAAAGCAUGCUUGUCCUUUCUGGCCAGGAAUCCUGAGUCUGCAGCUCCAGGAAGUCCUUCUUCAACUAACAGUUUCAUCUGACCUAGUCCAUUUUCAAAGCACAGUACUUUUUCAUACUUUCUAUUACCGUCUCUCUUGAUACUUUCCAAAUUGUGUUUCUAGAGGAAUAAAUGACCCCCACCCAACAUAGAAUCUGCAUAUGGUAGAGAUCACAGUGGGGACAUUUCAUUAUACCACCUGUAAAAAAUAUUGUUUCUACUUUGAAAGUAAAUACUGGAUAAAUAUUUGGAAGAUCUCUGGUUUUCAUGUGUGUAUUGAUGAGCAUUAAGUCAAAUACAAGGACACCAGUUUUUUAUGCUAUUUAUCGAAGGAGUAGAGGAAUACACAAUUGUAAUAUGGUCUUCAUUGAAUGUAUGGAGACAUUUGGCUUUCUAAUUUCUACAUUUUUAUGUCAUUAGAAUUUUUUAAUGAAAUAUGAUUUUUUAAUUAAAAGAAAAAAAUGUCACCAUUUAGAGAUAAAAACUAAGUAUGUAUAAUCUAGUUGCCUUACUCAAGAUACAAAAUAAGGUCUAUCACCAGGUAAACAAUAAUAUAAAUAUACUGUUGAUGUUUUAUAUAUUUCACAAAAGAUUUCUAUGAAGUUGGGGCAUAUUCCCAUUUUGCUGUUGACAAGGUUGAGACUCAGCAAGGCCAAAUAAUACUCAUAGGCUCUAACAGAGAAAAAACAUUGAUCCUCAUCCACUCUGGGAACAAUAUCUACUGUUCUUCUACACACAAUGUCCAGUAUUCAAUUUAAAAAAAUAAUUUAAUGGAGCUCCUGGAUGCUCAGUUGGUUAAGCAACAAACUCUUGGUUUCAGCUCAGGUCCUGAUCUCACGGUUCAUGGGUUUGAGCUCCACACUGGGC